UGAGUCAACACGGAGCAGGGAGGACGCCACCCAGCCCCGCCGCUGGAUCUGAGGCUGGGACUCUCUCACUGAGGACGCGGGACACGAAUACAACUACUAUUCGACUUCUCUACUACAACUACAGUGGAUUUAUUUUCUAACCUUCACACACCGGGGAUGAUUGUUGUGGUUUUUACGCGGUUUUUUCCUCUCUUGGAUUAACGCAGCGCAGGAGAAAUGAAAGUGACGGUGUGUUUCGGGAGGACCCGGGUGGUCGUUCCGUGUGGAGAUGGGAAUUUAAAAGUGCAGGACCUCAUCGAAAAAGCGGCCAUGAGGUACAGGAAGGCGAUCGCAAAGGACCAAGGUUACUGGGUUCAGGUCCACAGGUUGGAACAUGGAGAUGGAGGCAUUUUGGACCUGGAUGAUAUGCUGUGUGAUGUGGUGGAUGACAAAGACAGGCUGGUUGCAGUAUAUGAAGAGCAGGAUCCUCACAAUGGAGGGGACGGUACCAGUGCCAGCUCAGGUACUCAGAGCCCUGAACCCUUCGCCAGUGACAUGAGUUCAGCGUCUGCUUUCCAACCCUACCAGGCCAACAGUGAGAUCGAGGUCACCCCGUCUGCUCUGCGAUCCAAUAUGCCUCUCAGUGUCCGUCGCAGCAGUGACCCCUCCCUGGUUGGCCUCCCCCUGGGCGAAGUCGUGGUUAUUCCAGAGGAACCGUCCAGAAAGAACCCAGCUCGCUGGUCCACAACUGCCGGCUUCCAAAAGCACAGCCACAAACCAAACACAAGCGCCGCCACUGGCAGCCUGGAAAGAAAGGGUAGAGGAGCCCAUGCCUACAGGAGUCUUCCUAGAGAUGCGAGUGGCUGGUCCACUCAGUUCCAGAGAGAGAUGACUCGAUCAUCCCUGAGUGCCAACCAUCCAAUGGUGGACCGCUGGCUCGACAGACAGGAACAGGAGGAGGAAGAAGAGGAGCGAAGGAGGCAUGAGAGGAGGAUUGAACGCAUAGAGCCAGUGGGAAGGGCUGAUUCCUCGUUGGAGCAUUCACCCGUGUUUAGCCUCGAAGGCAUGCUCAAGCCGGUCGAGGUGUCCAAUGAAGGAGGGCCCCUGGGGAUCCACGUAGUGCCUUUCAGUUCGCAGGAUAUAAGGACUCAGGGCUUGCUAGUGAAGCGUCUGGAGCGCGGGGGCAAAGCCAUGCAGGAGCGUCUGUUCCAGGAGAACGACUGUAUCGUCAGAAUUAAUCAGGGAGACAUCCGCAACCUGCGCUUUGAACAAGCACAAAACAUUUUCAGGCAGGCCAUGUGCGGCCGACUCAUCCUCUUCCACGUGGUCCCAGCAGCCAUGAAGAGGCAGUACGAGCUUCUGGCCCAGAGCGAGCUCAGUCCGCCUCAGUCCAACAGAGUCCGCUUCAGCACAGACUCUCAGCAGGCGGGGGAAAGGUCCAGUAUGGCGGGGUCACAGAUAUCCAGAUCUGGACCACCACCAGGUCUAAACCACAACCACCAGGGAUCCCUACCAGGAAGCACCCCUGAGCCGAGCCAGCGAUACACCACGUUACCCCACACCAUGAUCACCAGGACGUCGUCAGCCCCCUCUCCCUCCCUGCAGCGCAGGGUCAGCACAAACCCGUCCAACAGCUCCUACCUGACAAACAAAGGCCGCAGAUUCAACAUCCAGCUGAAGAAAGGUCCAGAAGGUUUAGGGUUCAGCAUUACGUCCAGAGACGUCCCCAUCGGUGGCAGCGCUCCCAUCUAUGUCAAAAACAUCCUCCCCCGAGGGGCCGCCAUCCAAGAUGGUCGACUAAAGGCUACAGAUCAACUCCUUGAGGUUAGUGGAGUGGACCUGAACGGCAAGAGCCAGGAAGAGGUUGUGGCUCUGCUCCGAGCAACACCCAUGGGUGGUACUGUGAACUUGUUGGUGACUCGCCAUGAGGACUCUCUACUGCCCCGAGAAGUGCAGCAGGAUGAUGACGACUUAGUGCUGACCCCUGAUGGUUCACAAGAGUUCAUGACCUUUGAGAUCCCUCUGAAUGACUCAGGCUCAGCAGGCCUAGGGGUCAGUGUCAAGGGGAACCGCUCCAAGGAGAACCAUGCUGACCUGGGCAUCUUUGUGAAGUCCAUUAUCAACGGAGGCGCCGCGAGCAAGGAUGGGCGUCUACGUGUCAACGACCAACUUAUAGCGGUCAACGGGGAGUCAUUGCACGGGAUGACCAACCAGGACGCCAUGGAAACACUACGCAAAUCCAUGUCUGUAGAAGGCAACAAGCGAGGGAUGAUUCAGCUCAUCAUUGCCCGGCAUGUGUCCAAAAACAAUGGGGAAACACCCAGCAGUGCUUCUGUAUCAGAGCAUUCAGCAAACUCUUUACUGGACAGCCACGAGCGCCGGAUUUCACACUCCCUGUACGACACCAUUGAAGACUUGGACAACCUCUCUACACCUCGGACUAAUAUCCUCGGACGCGCUGGUAACUACCAGCUCUCUCCGACUGUCAACAUGCCACAGGACGACAUAGUGAUGAUCGAAGAUGAUAGGCCGCCCCUGCUUCCAGCCCACCUCUCUGACCAAUCAUCCUCCAGUUCCCAUGAUGACAUGGGCUUUGUAGGAGAGAACCCGGUGCCCUGGAUCCACGACCUGCCCAGCCAGAACGAAUGCACGUUAAGUCCAGAUGCAGACUCGGACCCUUCGUUCCAGAGGGAGGGCUUCGGUCGCCAGAGUAUGUCAGAAAAGCGCACCAAACAGUACGAAAAUCCUGCCGAUCUGGAUAUCAUCAGGGCGCGCAAGUCAAAGAGCAUGGAUCUAGUCGCAGAUGAGAUUAACGGCUACACAAGAACCAAUGGAGGUUCUGGAGACCAAGGCCUGGGACCUUUCCUGGGCCUGAAAAGGUCCAGCUCCCUCGAAAGCCUCCAGACGGCUAUCACUGAAGUGUCACACAACGGUGAGAUCAACGUCCACAGGCCGCACUCACGGAUCGUCAGGGGCAGGGGCUGCAAUGAGAGUUUCAGAGCUGCGAUUGACAAAUCGUAUGAGAAACCUGGCAUCACAACGGGCGAAGAAGAGAUCAGCAUGGAUACACUGGACGAGGACACAGAGGGAAGUUCCAGAUCGGGCCGUGAGUCAAUGUCAACCAGCGGCGACCUCAUCGUGGGCCCAGGGCUGAACGGCAACCUCUCGAAAGAUGACAGACAGAGAGAUCGGGAGCAAUCUGGGGGGAAGGAAAAGAAGAAGCCUGAAAGGGAUAAAGACAGGGAAAAAGACAAGGACAAGAACAAAGCUAAGAAAGGCGUGCUGAAGGGCCUAGGCGACAUGUUCAGGUUCGGAAAGCAGAGGAAGGAUGAGCGGCCAGGAGACAGGAUGGAGAGAAAGGGCUCCAGUAAAUCUAAAGCUGAGGACAUGCAGGCGUCGGAAGAGGAGACCCUGCGGAUGAGGAUGGAACAAGAGAGAAUACAGGCAAAGACGCGGGAGUUCCGGGAGAGGCAGGCUAAAGAAAGGGAGUACGCUGAGAUCCAAGACGUUGUCAGCCGCACUUUCAGCUCGGAUGAGGAGCACACCUACGCUGGCAUAGGAUCCUUAGACUCAUCAGUGGACAGCAACAGCAUAGAUCCAUACAGCAACCCGUACCAUCUCCCUCAGAGUCCCACCAGCCCUCACCUCCCUGUGAACCUUCAGGCCAACGGUCCACCCCUGGAAGCUCUUUAUGCCCAGGUCAACAAGCCACGUAAUGGACGCCCUGCAGCUCCAGACAGCAGUCAGAUGGCUCCCAGUAACCACGACCGGAUACAGCGGCUGAGGCAUGAGUUCCAGCAGGCCAGGCAGGAGGAGGACCUCGAGGACCAUCGACACACCUACAGCUUAGACCAGCCCUGGGUGAGCAAUGGGAUGGAGACACAGAGCGGCCGCCAUUCUGUGACGGUGGACACUCAGGCACAGAAACAACAGGAAGAGGACAGAGACGGUUUCCAACAAGCACAGAGACAGUACAGCUCCCUGCCUCGGCAACCCCGCAAGAACCCCAGCACGGCAUCGCAGGACUCAUGGGACAAGGUGUACACACCCGCCGAGGGAUUCCAGCCGUCCAAGGAGAACCCUCGCUACUCUAGUGGCCAGGGAUCCCGUAAUGGCUACCUAGGAACAUCCAGCUUCAAUGCACGUGUCCUCUUAGAAACCCAGGAGCUGCUGAGGCAGGAGCAGAGACGCAGAGAGCAGGAGGCCAACAAGUCCAGGCCCCUCCCGGCACAGGAAAACCCUGCCGGCAGCACCUACGAGCACAACGUAGUCCACACCCAGGCCCCAGUCUCUGCCCCUGUGCAGGCUCCACCUCAGACCAAGGGCCCCUACCGACAGGACGUACCGCCAUCGCCUUCUCAGCUCGCCAAGCUCAGCAGGCAUCAGGGUUCAGAGAAAGGGAGGCUGUUUUACUCCUGAGACUGAGACAUGGACUGGAAAAUUGAACUUUUGGGAGAAAGGGACUGAUACUGUUGAGCAUUAAUAGGGAAAACUACAAAGAGGGCAGUGAGUCUGUUUUUUUUAAUACAAUGCUAAGAUACAAAGAUUUUUAUGGGAUUGUUGAAAGAAAAUGUUCAUAUUUAAAAGAAGAUUUUGAGUGAUAAAAAAAAUCAAUAUCCUUUUAGUUAUAUCAAAAAGAAAUUAUUUGAGAUGUUUUUAUUUCCAACAACCUGAUCAUAUAUAUCUUUAAGUGCCUGCUAGUCCACUGAUUGUUGAACUUUUACAAGCCAACCCUCCAUCUUCCACCCUUCCCUUUACUUUGGACUCAUAAUCUUUGAGCAGUUUUGAUAACGCCAGGAGAGCAGACACCCCAGCAGGAAGCAAAGUAAGCCAUCACUGCAGCACCACAUCCAACCUCAACAUUAUCACCCAAAGCACAAAACAAGACACGCUUCGGGACCAAUCAGGUGAAUGUGGAAAUCUUGGGAUCUCAGUUCUUGUGUGUGUGUGUGUGUGUGUGUGUGUCUGUGCAUGUGUGCGUGCGUGUGUGUGUGCGGACCAUUCUUGUGUGAAUGAGAUCUUCCUCUGUUCAUGAAAGCUUUUUCUCAAACCAGUCCAGUUUCUCAUCCAAGUGUACAAUUACUAUGUUUAUGAGGGCUUGAGUUGGAUAAGGGAAAAAAAGGCAGAAUGAUCCACACCAUUGUAGAAUCACACAUUGCCUAAAAAACAAAGCCACACCUCCAGUAGGCUUUACAUGUGUCCUCACUUUUAUCUAUUUCUUAGUGCGUGUGUACAUCAAGGAAAACAACCACAAGAAGAAGUGCCAUGACUGUAUGUAAAUACUAUGUUAACAUUGGACUCCAGAUACUGAAAAGUCUAGAAACAUCCAAUAAAUAGCCAGAACAAGGAGUAACCAAACGCUGUCAUGACCUUCCAAGCAAAUUACUUCUCUACAUGUUCCAAAUUUGGAUUUUGUACAUUUAAUUGGACGCAGAACAUCAUUAAUCACUUAUUUAGUUACCUUUUGUAGGAAUGUCCCAGAUGUCUUCAGUCAUAUGGCCUCAGAAAGGCUUCAAUUGACAGUCAGUUUUUAACCUUGAGCCCUCAGACUGUCAGACGUGGUACAUAAAAAAUCUGAGUGCUAAGGUUGGGAUUGAACUCACAUGUUUAUGUGAGUGUAUGGUUUGUAUUCUUGUGUACGUGUGUAGGUGUUGGUGGACGCGGUGACCGAGUGUGGAGGUUAAGCAGCUUGAGUAAACUGAAGAGUCAGACUAUGAAGUUUGGCCACUCACCUACACCCCUUGAGUUCAAAGAAAUAUCCCUUUUGGUUUUGGAUACACAACUUAAACCAGGCCCGUUGUUGACUGGCGACCAGUCCAAGGUAUACCCUGCCUCUUUUCUAAUGGGCAGCAGGGAUUUGCUCCAGCCAUCCACAACCCCAAACAAGAUAAGCAGUAUAGUUAAUAGAUGGAUGGAUGAAAUGAACCACAGCAUGUAUCCUCCCUUCACCCCCCUCUUCCAUCCAAUUUGCUACUCCUAGUUUUUUUUUCUUCCUCUGGUGGCUUCUCCUUUUCCCUCUUUCAUAUGUCAUGUUUAGGAAAAAAGCUCUCAGUGGUCCUCAUUUUUACCCACUCCUGCCCAGCAAGGAAAUCCAGCAGUAUGAAUGAGGUCAAGUUUGGGCUACUAAUUAAUUUUCUCAUUAAUAAUUGACAGGACCCCUUUGAGUGUGUUUGCUGUCUUGUAAGGCGUAAAAGAAGAACCAGUGACCUUGCAGGCAGGGCUCUUGCCUGGGCUUCACCAAGAAAGGCUGUGGUAACCAAAGCCUUUUGGCCCCUAGGUGUCUGAGUUGUUCCUUGUUGAAUAUUUCAUCAGGGUGGUUACACGGGAAACCACAUCAGUUCUGCAGUCGGUGGCCUUGGUGUGUGACUGCCUAUCAAACGACUCAACACAAUGGGGCUGAUUUGUUUUCUUUCAUGGACAUGUCAAUUUGAUGUAAACCAGUCAGGAGCCUUUCUGCUGUUCAAUCAAUAAUUAUUAGUGUAGUUUGCUGUGUAUGUAAUAGUGGUGAAAGGCGCUUUAGGCAAGGUGAUCAAAAUCAACAUUGAGUUCAUGUACAUUGUAAGUUCUGACCAUAGACUGUAUGAAACAUGGACAUAGUCUCUGUCUCACCCAUCGGUUUCUGAAGAAGUGUUUUGAAGCUCGAUGAUGGUGGUCACCAUUUUGGUAAUGCUGACUCAGCAUUGCUUUUGGUUCAGGAUGGAAGCAGGAUUUAGCAAUAAAUAAAGGAGCUACGAAACCAAAGCCGUUUUUAUAACCAGGCAGUAAACAUGUUUAUUCCUCUCUUAAAGUUGGGCAUAUUAGCAUAGGAGCUAAUGAGCUUUCCUUGGCUUUUUUCCUUGGCCAGCCUCAAGUGGACACUUUACGUACUGUAGUUUUUUUGGACUUCUCCAUUGGCUUUGUUUUUCAACACUUUAGAUUGCCACUUGAUUCUGACACCAAACUUAUAAUGGCAAAAUGUUUAAACUGUUGAUAACUUCUGCUUCAGUGGUUUGUAUGAUAUCUAAUGAAAAGCAUUUUUUCUUUUUUUUCAUGUCAUCACCCUAUUAAAAUAAUGGCCUUAGUCAUUUUUUAAAGUUUUUGGGAGAACACAAAAAACCUUACCAAAUGCAGAGCAUAUGAUAUUUUUAAAUCAUUUCAAUCAAAAGGGCCCUGACAGUGGAUGACUGCUGACAUACAUAGAACGUUGUGUGUCAAUUAUGUAACAUUAAAGAAUAAAGUGACUUAAGCCAAUUUUCGAACAUUCUAUUGUGACUUAGGCAACUUUAAACCUGGCUUAAACUGCCCUUUCAUAGUGCAAACUCAAGACUGAAAUUACCCUGAGUUAAAUUAAACAAAUGUCAGGUAAAUCAAAUUGGUCAGGAGGCAGUCCCUUUCCUCACUUCUCCAGGUCUUCCUUGCUGGGUUUUUUAUUGAACUUAACCCAUUUCCUUACUUAACAUCCAGUUUGGACAACUUUUUGAAACCUGACUAUUAAUUAGUAAACUCAAAACGUAAAUAACUCUAACCUAAAUUGAACAAAUGUCAGGUCAAUCAAACGCUGAGGAGGCAUGUCCCUCCAUGUCUCUCUCCUCCCUUGUCCAGCUCUUCUUUGCUGGGUUUUUGUACCUAUCCCAGUACUAUUCAGUUUAUCCCCUGAAUCUUCACUCUCGGUCAUCUUGAUUUGCCUAACUAUGUGGCAAAUUGUCAAAGAAGUGAUGACACUCGACGGGCAUCACAUGUUUCAUGGACUGAAGGUCCUGGAUCUUUGUCUAUUUGAUUGGCAGAGCAAGAAUCAUGUUUAGAGCUUCUUCUGCACUAUAGAUUAUGUUGCUUCUUGAAGCAGCUGCCAUCAUGAAAGCUUGUUAAAUUGCCCAAGUCAGACAUUUUAUCCUAAAGAAUCAAAAAUGUUGACUUAGGACAAGAAGAAAAUGGCCUAAGUCACCCGCUUGCCAUAGGCCAUUGUCCUAUAGGGGAUAAAGAGCAUAAUCCUCUCAACUAAGGAUUAAGGCAAUUUUACUAGAGGUGGCCAGAAUCAUCAAGAGAAUAUUUAGGCAAAAAACAAAUUUUCGUCAAAAAAAUGACUUAGGCCAUUAUUUUAAUGAGGUGACGAUGUGUUACUGUUUUAUCCCAGGUCGUCAAAUACUGGCAUGCCCUUUCCUUUGGUAUCUAACCCCUAACCUCCAUGAUGCCCAAUGUAGCAUUGGUUGAGAAAUUGUUGAACGUCAGUUGUCCUUCUUGUAAGGCUGGUUUA